AUGGACGGCUUCAAUCGUCCCUCCGACUCCACGCCGCUGCCCUACACCGCUUCCCCGCUCCAGCUCCUCCUCAGCGAACUCUAUCUCAUCAAGGACAUCCUCUUCAACUUCCCAGCCAGCAUCCCCGGGGUACUCCAACCCUUCUGGUCCGUGAACGCGGAAGACGAGCUCUGCCUCCUUAACGCCAAGAACGUGCGAUCUCUCCUCCUGCACGUGAUCCUCUUAAUCGGCCAGCCCCUGUUCCUCCUCGCCCUGGUCUACGGCCUCAUCAUCCCCAUCCCCGCCUCCCUCUAUCUGGGCGGCAUCGCCAUCACCCUGGUCCUAAACUACUACUUCUGUCUCCUCCUCAACGGCGACGGCACCCCGCAGACCUCCACUAUCGACCUGACCCGCUAUCGAUCCGAAAACCCAGACCAAAAAGACCACGACCACUCGGACGAAUGCUGGAUCUUCAUCAACGGCGUCAGUGUCGGCCGCGACUGGUUCCAAUCCAACCUGAACACCUUAUCCCAAAUCUUCCGGCGGCGCAUCAUCGGCGUGCACAACAUCACCUACGGCAUCAUCUUCGAUCUGAUCGAAUGCCUGAUCCAGCGUGAUGCGUGCUACGCCACCACCGACGUCCGAACCGGCUACCACCAGGUCAAGAAGAGCCUGCUGGAGGAGAAGAACAAGAAGGUUGUCUUGCUCCUGCACAGCCAGGGCGGGAUCGAGGGCGGAGCGAUCCUAGAUUGGUUGCUCGAUGAUCUGCCGGCCAGCGUGUUGGGCAAGUUGGAGAUCUACACGUUCGCGAGCGCGGCUAAUCACUGGAACAAUCCGAAUCGACACCAUCAUAAUUCUAAAGAGGACGAGGAGGCGGAGAAGAAGUUGGGCGUCAUCAGGCAUGUGGAGCAUUACACCAACUCGGGUGAUUUUGUGUCUCGCUUCGGCAUCCUCGGCUUCAUCCAUCUGCCGCUCAAGAACACCAUAGCUGGCACCACCACCAAGGGGGUUGGAAAUGGAAGAGCCGAUGACAACAACCGCUUCAGAGGCAAGCUGUUCAAGCGCAACGCCACCGGCCACAUGCUGAGUCAGCACUACCUCGCCUACAUGUUCCCGCGCGAGGAGUACACCCUGCCUGACGGCACUGUGGGGGUCAGGGUCAAGGAGAACAACGGGUUCAUGGACAGCGAGGCCGAAGUGUGGGACGGGGAACGGGAUAAGCAACACCUGGGCUGGCGCGAUUGGCCCUGGGGCGUGAAGCUGGGCUGGUGGGGGUUCGAGCUGGGCAAGGCCAAGCAGUGGGAGAGCAUGAUGAGGGAGGACGGGCUGGACCUCUCGGGACGCACGGGCGAAGGGCCUGAGGAUCGGAAGGUUGCCAGGAAACCGAGGGAGUUGAGCCGCCUGUGGUUGUAUCGGAAUGGCAUGUCGCCUCCUGAUGAUGGCGCAGAUGGAGAGCAGCGGGACCAGCACCGCCAGGGCAAGGUGGCUAAAAGCGUCGUGAAUGGCUAUGUAAAUGGGCUUUAG